CGGUUCGCAGGAGGCUGGACCUGGGCGGCGGGAAGGAGCCUCGUCUCGCCUCUGCCCGGUUUGAAAGGUGAGCCGGGACGGCAGUCGGUCCUUCAAAGCCACCACCACCACCACCACCCCGUGGCUCAGGACGGUCCCAGCUGCGCGGCGGCGGCGGCGACUAGACCUCUUUGGACGCUACGGGCGACGGCCUGGCCUCCCCCGGAAGCCCCAGUCACGCCCGGGGAUUCGCAUGCCGCCCGCUUUGCGACCCUCGCCCGAAAAACGGCGACGCCGCUCGCUUAUUAAGGUUUGAAGGCAUCGCGGGCCGGGAAGCCUUUCUCUCCACGCUCCGGAAGCCGGCUCCCAUUUAAAGGCAGCGGGCGCUGCAGAAGCCAUCGAGAAGCGGAAGCGCCUGUUGGUUUUUUUUUGCUUUUGAAAAGAGCCAUUGAAAAUUGAAAACGCACCUUCAAAGAAGGCGCCCAGCCCUGAAAAGAAAGAGCCGCCGAGGUGGGUGGGAGUUAAAAAAGCCGCAGGAUGGAGAGAGAAUUUGUGUAUGAAUUCAAGGCCGGGAACCAGCAUUUUCUGCUUACCGUGCCGCUGAAGUUCCCCGUCCAAGAAAACGUUAGUCAUUUGCCUAGGUGCCUAAUGCUGCUUCAUAAUUUGCCUUGCUUCGUAGAAAACGGCUUGAAAGAGUCUCUGACGAAAUUCAUAGAGGAAGCAUCCGUAGAAGAUUUUGACAGAGAAGCGGAAGCGGCUCUGGAAGCUGUAAAAUCUGGUAAAAUGGAUUUACACCAGCUGGCGAAGGCUUGGGCCCAAGCUUACACUGAGGCAACCUCGGAAUAUGCCAGGCCAGAAGACCCCAGCUGGGAUGAAGAUUUUGCAGAUGUUUAUCAUGACUUGAUCCAUUCUCCUGCCUCUGAAACUCUAUUAAACUUGGAACAUAAUUAUUUCGUUAGCAUCUCCGAAUUAAUAAGCGAGAGGGAUGUGGAGCUAAAAAAACUGCGAGAAAGACAACGGGCAGAAAUGGAUAAGGUGAUGCAAGAACUGGGGAAAUCAUUAACAGAUCAAGAUGUAAACAUGUUGGCAGCUCAGCACUUUGAAUCCCAGCAGCUACUAGAGAACAAGUGGAACAGUGAAUUGAAACAAACCACAGCAAUCCAAAAGCAGGAGUAUCAAGAAUGGGUGGUAAAAGUUCACCAGGAUCUGAAAAAUCCCAACAGUACUAUUGGUGAUGAGAUCAAAGUUACUCCUAAUCAGUGGAGAGAAUCUGAAGAAGGAACUGGAAGACUCUUUGAGGACCAGAGGCAAUUGGAAGAAAGUUUCACUAUCCAUUUGGGAGCACAGCUGAAAACCAUGCAUAACCUGCGACUCCUGAGGGCAGAUAUGCUAGAUUUCUGCAAGCACAAGCGCAGUCACCGCAGUGGAAUCAAACUCCACCGUCUUCAAACUGCACUUUCACUUUAUUCAACUUCCCUUUGUGGUCUAGUCUUGCUUGUGGAUAAUCGCAUCAGUUCGUACAGUGGGAUCAAAAGAGAUUUUGCAACUGUUUGCCAGGAGUGUACAGAUUUCCAUUUUCCUGGAGUUGAGGAACAGCUUGAAGUUGUUCAGCAAGUUGUACUUUAUGCUCGAGCACAACGCAGUAGUAAAGCCAAAAGACUAAACGAAGCAGGAAACAGAAAUAGUGGCAAUGAAGAUAAAUCUAAAAAUGGGGAACAGAAUCCAUCAAAUAUUUUUCCAGGAGAAUUUUAUAUCACCCGACAUUCAAACCUCUCUGAAAUUCAUGUGACUUUUCAUCUUUGUGUGGAUGACAAUGUGAGGUCAGGUAAUAUUACAGCCCGAGAUCCUGCAAUCAUGGGCCUCCGAAAUAUCCUUAAAGUAUGCUGCACCCAUGACAUCACCACAAUUAGUAUUCCUCUUCUGCUGAUACAUGAUAUGUCUGAAGAAAUGACGAUAUCUUGGUGUCUGAAAAGAGCAGAACUUGUAUUUAAAUGUGUCAAAGGAUUUAUGAUGGAAAUGGCUUCCUGGGAUGGUGGGAUUUCUCGAACUGUGCAAUUCUUGGUACCCCAAAGUAUUUCUGAAGAAAUGUUUUACCAAUUGAGUAACAUGUUGCCACAGAUUUUCCGUGUGUCGUCUACGCUAACUCUGACAUCCAAACACUGAACUCCAUCCAAAAUUCUGCAAAGGAUUAAUUAAAUGAUCUGGAUUUUAAUACCUGAAACACUUUGAUAACUUGAACGUGAUUGUUGAAAUUCCUAACAGAAGCACCUGCAAAAUUAAAAAAAAAAGUCCCACUGUACUUUCAUGCCUACACAAAGGAAAAUGGGUUAUGGGUUAUUUUUUUCCCCUUCUUUUUUUUUUGCCAUUUUGGGUUCUAGGCCCUCCCUCUGCUAAAUACUGUUCUAAGGUCCUUCCAACUCUUAGAUAAUAAGAAGUGUAGUAGAAAAGUGGGAAGCUAAAUGUCUGUAUCACUGGAAAGUAGCUGUAUGUUUAUAAUUAUCAAAGGAAAAAAAUGCUUUUUUUUAGAUAUGGGUAAAUUCAUAUAGAAGUUUUCUUGGGUGUUUUGUUUUGAGGGUAAUACCAGUUUGUUACUUUACAGGAUAGAAUGUUAACACAGGCAAAUAACACAUGCUAAGUUUUUAUAUUACCGGGUGAGAUUUGAGAUUAUAUUUUAUUCUGUAGGGCAGUAAUUCCUGCUUUGAAAUAUUUGGCUGGAUUUUUGCAGCCCAAAUACAGUAGUCAUAUUUGAGAUGGCAUUAUGUUUUGGUCUUGAGUUCAUAAAAGAGAUAAACAUGAAGAAUUCAAAACCACUGCAGUAAAUUAAGAGCUCUAGGUUUUUUUAAUAGCAGGGGAGCAAUUCAUGUCCUUCAAAUUUCAUUGUGGGAUUCAUGCACUUUACCUAGCCAUAUACUGUGACCAUUUGCUUGGUCUUAACUUCAUGUGUUGUAUAAACAUUGUAGUUUGCAAAUCAUGACGUUAAAAACUUGAUUCACACAGUGUGUAGAAAAAUAUAAUUUUCCUUGCAAAGACACAAGAUAUUAUUACUAUACUAUAGGUAGUGAAAAUAACAUCAGAACAACUACAUCUUGGUUAUCUUUAUGCCAGUAGGCAAAAACAUUUUACUUAAAGUACAUUGAUGGGUUUCUGCUGUUGAUUUGGUCAAACAUGGUGCUUAUUCAGUAAUGGUAAUAGUGGAGAAAGCUGGGAUGGAAGUUGAA